AUGGAAAGGAUAAGGAUAGAAAAAGGAAAGGAUGGAACGGAUAAGGAUAGAAAGGGAAAGGAUAAUGCUGGAAAGGAUAAGAAUAGAAAGGAUAAGGCUGGAAAGGGGAAAGGAUGGAUUGGAAAGGAUAGAAAGGGAAAGGAUGGCCAUGAUAAGAUUUUGUUAUUGUUAUUGUGUACUGCAUUGAGUUGUGUAAACGGGUUAGAGAAUGGAUUAGCAAGUGAGCGAUUAUUCAUGCAGAUGUCUGAUAUUAUUAUUCAAGAUGGAUUCUAUGAUGCAGGAUACAGGUAUAUAAAUGUUGAUGAUUGCUGGCUCUCUCAUGAACGAGAUCGACGAGGUCUUCUUCAGGCUGAUCAAAACAGAUUUCCGAGUGGAAUAAAGGCUUUGAGUGAUUACGUUCACAGUAGAGGCCUCAAGUUUGGAAUAUACGAAGAUUAUGGUAACAAUCCCUUUAGUUUGGAAUAUACGAAGAUUACGGAGGAUGCUGACACGUUCGCUAGCUGGGGAGUUGAUUAUGUCAAGCUGGAUGGAUGCUACAGUCAUCCUAAUGAUAUGGAUGCUGGAUAUCCAGAGUUUGGAUAUUGGCUAAACCAGACUGGCAGACCUAUGAUAUAUUCCUGUUCUUGGCCUGUUUAUCAAACCUAUUCAGGAAUGACGCCGAAUUACACGAGUAUCAUCAAUACCUGCAAUUUAUGGAGAAACUUUGACGAUAUUCAGGACUCUUGGAACAGUAUCGAACGAACAAUUGAUUAUUACGGGGACAACCAGGAUAUAAUAAUCGCCAACGCUGGACCCGGACACUGGAACGAUCCUGACAUGUUGAUCAUAGGAAAUUUUGGCCUGUCCUACGAGCAGUGUAAGACACAAAUGGCAAUGUGGGCGAUCUUCGCCGCGCCUCUUCUCAUGUCUGUCGAUCUCAGAACUCUUAAACCUGAUUAUAAGGCGAUUUUGAAGAAUAAGAAGAUUAUCGGCGUAAACCAGGACCUGCUGGGGAUCCAAGGAAGAAGGAUCUACAAGCAAAAAGGGAUUGAGAUCUGGGCUAGACCAAUAAUGCCGGUAUACAGGGCAAAAUACUCAUAUGCAAUCGUCAUUAUCAUUGUAUCAGUAACCUUGAAGGAGCUGGGUCUAGAUAAUCCUACAGGAUACUAUAUAGAGGAUCUCUAUGAUGAACAUGUCUAUGGAAUAGUUACCCCAGAUAGAAGAUUUAAAGUCGAUGUUAACCCGUCAGGAAGUGUUGUGAUGAUCCGGUGUGAUAUAGUGAAGGCAAAACCUUCAAAUAAUCCAGUUACACCUUCAUGGCAGGCCCAGCCCAGGAAAUCCGACAGUUUUGUUCUUGAUCUUGGGAAUAUAGGUUACCGUGGUAAUGUUGACGGAAACCCAGGCGGAGUGCAGUAUCCUCAGAUUAGAGGUACCGAGUACGAGGCGGAGCCGGUUAUAGUUGGCGGAGGUCCGCCGCAGACAAGGACUUUCAGAGAUGCCGCCGGGGCGCAGUACGCGCCACCUGCCUACUCUCCUGUCGGUCACUUUGAUCAGAGUGAGCAUGGAUACAGUUAUCAGUCUAUCAAUGGACAAUAUGUUAACACAGGGAAACGGUAGAAAAGAGAAAUGGCCUCCGACGCAGAUUUUCAAGAGAAAUGAAUAAAUGAGUGAAUUUUUUGACUAAUACAGUAUUUUUAGGCAUUUUAUACAACCCACUAGCUCCAUUACCAACCCCUGUACAAAAAAAAACAAUUGCUUCUUUUGGCUUUCUUCUUUCAUAACCCCCCCCCCCUCCCACCGUUUUUAGUGUUGUUGUUUUGUUUAUUUUUUUUUUAUAAUUAUUUUGUUAAAUGCAGGGAAAAUUAGUUCCAUAGCUAACACUUGGUCCAGUUCUAAUACUCAGGUUAGAACUGGUCCAACUUUUACUUGUGGAACUAAUUUCCCCUCAAAUGUUAAUUCUACACUGUUAUAGAUUAGAAAAUUAAUAAAAGUGUUUAUAUUCUUA